AAAAUUAGACAAAAUGAAAUUUAAAUUUAUAAAUUUCAAUAUUUAAAUGGCUGACUCAAGGAUUUAAAUUUUUAAAGGAAGAAAAAGAAAAUAUUGAAAAAACGACGGAAAAAGGAACAAACUAAAAUAAAUUUAUUAGAAAUGACUACUAUGUCACAGAGAGAUUUUUCUGAGAAUGAACCUGAAAGUACAUCUGAAUUACCAGCGGCUAACAGAGCCUUAUUUUUGGAUAAAGUACGACAAUCGAAUGCAGCAUGUCAAACAGGUGAUUUUGCUACUGCUGUAUCGUUAUAUACUGAUGCAUUACAAUUAGAUCCAGGAAAUUAUAUAUUGUACAGUAAUAGAUCGGCAGCUCGACUAAAACAGGGACAAUUUACAUUAGCGUUACAAGAUGCAAUCAAAGCCAAAGAAUUAUGUCCACAAUGGCCAAAAGCAUAUUUUCGACAAGGCGUUGCAUUACAAUGUUUAGGACGAUAUGGUGAAGCUUUAGCAGCAUUUAGUGCAGGUUUAGCACAAGAUGCUAAUAAUAAACAACUUUUAUCUGGUUUAAUUGAAGCAUCAAUUAAAAGUCCAUUAAGGCAUGCACUUGAGCCAACAUUUCAACAAUUACAAAAUAUGAAAUUAGAUCAAUCAUCAUUUGUUGUUAUAUCAGUAGUUGGACAAGAAUUAUUACAAACUGGUCAAUAUCAAUCAGCAGUAACCGUUUUAGAAGCUGCACUUCGAAUUGGCUCAUGCUCAUUAAAAUUACGAGGUUCAGUUUUUAGUGCAUUAAGUUCUGCAUAUUGGGCUCUUAAUCAAUUAGACAAAGCAAUUAGCUAUAUGCAACAAGAUUUGGCAACUUGUAAAAGCCUUGGUGAUACAGCAGGUGAAUGUAGAGCACAUGGUAAUUUAGGAAGUGCAUAUUUUAGUCAAGGAUCAUAUAAAGAAGCCCUAACAGCACAUAGAUAUCAAUUAGUACUAGCUAUGAAAUAUAAAGAUGUUCAGGCAAGUUCACAAGCUCUUACUUCACUUGGACAUGUUUAUACAGCUAUAGGAGAUUAUACAAAUGCAUUAGCGAGUCAUAAACAAUGCGUACAGCUAGUCAAACAGAUGGGAGAUCGCCUUCAGGAAGCUAGAGAAAUUGGAAAUGUUGGUGCGGUGUAUUUAGCCAUGGGAGAAUUUGAUUCUGCAGUUGAUUGCCACACACAACAUUUAAGAAUUGCUAGAAAAUUAGGAAAUCAAGUAGAGGAAGCCAGAGCAUAUAGUAAUUUAGGAUCUGUUGCACAUUAUAGAAGAAAUUUUAGCCAAGCAAUCAAUUGUCAUGAACAAGUAUUAAGAAUCGCCCAGCAAUUAGGAGAUCGAAAUAUUGAAGCUCGUGCAUAUGCUGGAUUAGGUCAUGCAGCCCGUUGUGCUGGAGAUUUAGUUCAGGCGAAGCGAUGGCAUGAGAAACAAUUAGAGAUGGCAUUAGCAGUUCGAGACAAAUUUGCAGAAGGGCGUGCUUGUUCUAAUUUAGGAAUAGUUUAUCAAUUAUUAGGUGAAAAUGAUGCAGCUUUAAAACUACAUCAAGCCCAUUUGAGCAUAUCAAAACAACUUCAGGAUCGUGCUGGUAUGGGAAGAGCAUUUGGUAACAUAGGCAAUGCUUAUUCAGCAGCGGGUCUAUAUGAAGCUGCUAUCAAAUAUCACAAAUCAGAAUUAACAAUAAGUAAAGAAGUAAGAGAUAGAAGUUCUGAAGCUUCUACACAUGGUAACUUAGCCGUAGCAUAUCAAGCCUUAGGAGCUCAUGAUAUGGCUCUGGUACAUUAUCGUGCUCAUUUAAGCAUAGCUAGAGAACUAAAGGAUACUGCAGGUGAAGCGUGUGCGUUAUUAAAUCUAGGAAAUUGUUUGAGUUCUAGACAAGAAUUUGCUCAAGCAAUAAUAUAUUACGAACAGUAUUUAAUGUUAUCCCAAGAACUGGGUGAUAUUUCCGCUGAAAGCAAAGCUUGCCACUUUCUCGGUUAUGCUCAUUAUUGUAUAGGAAACUAUCGUGAGGCUAUUCGUUACUACGAUCAAGACUUAGCUUUAGCGAAAGACCUUCAAGACAAAAUGAAUGUAGGUAGAGCCUAUUGCAAUUUAGGUUUAGCUCAUCUUGCCCUAGGAAAUACACAAGUAGCAUUAGAAUGCCAAAAAUAUUUCCUAACAAUAGCACAUAUAACAAAUCAUUUACCAGGAAAGUUUAGAGCUUUAGGAAAUAUUGGAGAUAUUUUAAUAAAGACUGGGGAAACAGACGAAGCAGCUAAAAUGUAUCACAGACAAUUGGCUUUAGCAAGGCAAGGACGUGAAAGAGCUAUGGAAGCUGCAGCGUGUGGCGCCCUAGGUCUAACUCAUAAAUUAGUUAAAAAGUUUGAUAAAAGCUUAGGAUAUCAUACACAAGAACUGAAUUUGCGAAGAGAAAUUGGUGACAUUUCGGGAGAAUGUAAGGCUCAUGGGCAUAUAGGAGCGGUUCAUAUAAGUUUAGGUAAUUACUCUCAUGCCAUCAAAUCUUACCAACAACAAUUGGAAAGAGCUCAAGAAAUACAUGAUUCGAUAUUAGAAGCACAAGCAUAUGGAAAUUUAGGUCUAGCAAAAUUAAGUAUGGGCUUAUUUGAAGAAGCAAUUGGUUUUCUAGAACAACAGCUAGCUACUUUAGAACAACAAACUGAUACAACAACUAUAUUACAAGAUCGUGCAAGAGCACUUGGCCAUCUCGGAGAUUGCUAUGAUGCUUUAGGAGAUUAUGAAGAAAGUGUCAAAUGUCAUGAAAGAUAUUUACACUUAGCUACUCAAUUGCAAAGUUUCAGGGAUCAAGAAAAAGCAUAUCGCGGUUUGGGUUUAGGUCAUCAAGCCUUGGGUAAUUUGAAGGAAGCACUUGUGUGCCUUGAGAAACGGCUUGUUGUAGCACAUGAGCUAGGUAAUACUGCGUUUGCCGAUUUAGGUAAAAAAGCAGCCGCAUACGGAGAUUUAGGAAACAUCCAUAAUGCGUUAGGAAACUAUGAGCAAGCUAUAAAUUGUCUUGAACACCAGAAGGAAAUUGCAAAAGAACUUGGUGAUGAAGUUCUUCUAUCUGACGCAUCAAGUUCGUUAGGCAACGUGUACCAAAACAUGGGUAAAGGUGAUGAUGCCUUAAAAUUACAUAUUCAGGAUUUAGAAAAAUGUGAAAAUUUGGAGUUUGUGUCAUUGCAAGCCAGAGCUUGCGGUAAUUUAGGAAAAGUUUAUGAAUCAUUGAAAAACUACACAGAAGCAAUAAAAUAUUUUGAAAAGCAAUUAUCAUUGGCUUCAGACCGCUUAUCUAAAGCUUUCGCUUGUGGAGCGCUAGGUAAAUUUUAUAAGCUGCUAUUUUCAACCAAUUCUGUUAUUGAAAUACAAAUUUUUAAAGGUCGUGUUUAUUUACAAAUCGGAGAGACAGCACAGGCAAUAAACUUCUUGCGUCAAGGACUUGCCAUUGCCCAAUCAUUAAACAAAUCAGAAGAGGAAGCAAAAAUAAGACAUCAAUUGGGUCUUGCUUUACGAACUUCUGGUGAAAAUGAAAAUGCUAAAAUUCAGUUGGAAACAGCGGCUCAAAUACUUGAAUCAGUAAGGUUUGAACAGAGAUCUCCGGAGGCAAGAACUAUUUUAUUUGAUUUGCAGACAUCCUGUUUCCACGUUUUACAACAAAUUCUUGUAGAAAUGCAACGAAGCGAAGAAGCAUUACUAGUUGCUGAAAGAUGUAAGGCAAGAACAAGUACUGACACAAAUAACAUAACAAUUUCAAGAAAAAAUAUGAUUAUUUCAAAUGAAAGCAUUUAUGAAACUGUUAAUAAAGCUAAAACAAAUGUUAUUUACUUUAGUAUUGCGGGACAAGAACUUUAUGCUUGGUUCAUACAACCGCAAAAGAAAAUUAUUCGAUUCCAUUCAACUAAAAUUAAUGAAAUAACUUUGAAAAUCACAUCAGACAUGUUGUCAAACCGCCGGUUCAAUGAAAGUGAAAGCUUACUUGAAAAGUACGUGAAUAUGGUAAGAGACAGUUUAGGAGUAAAUUCCGAUAGUGUAUUGCAUGAAGGAGAUGGUAGUGGCUGGCGUUCAAGUUCAGAAAAUUUACUUGAUGAUUUUGCUACUGAACGAUCUGGGUUCUUAAGAAUGGUUAAUCGGAACCACUUAAUGAACUCAAGUAAUUAUUCUCUAAGUUCAUUGUUUAGUUUGGGUAGUGUUGGCGGAUCAGUCACAAGUUUACAAGGAUCAACACGAUCUGUUGGAUCUAUUCAAGGGUCGAAUAGAAUGCUUCCACAAUGGCAAGGUCCAAGUUGUUUGCACACACUCUAUAAUUUACUUUUAGAACCAUUUGAUGAUCUACUUCCAACGAGCGACACAGUUUCCAAGAUCGGUCGAAAAGAAUUAAUUCUUGUUUUAGAAAAUGAGCUCUAUUUGGUACCGUUUGCUGUUCUUCGUAGUGGUCAACAAAAUGGUGAAUAUUUAUCAGAAAGAUGUUCUAUUUUAACAGUACCAUCACUUCAAUCUCUACGUUUAAAAAGUAAAAUUAUAAGAAAUCGAGAUCAAGCACUUUUGCAAACCGCUCUAGUAAUUGGGGGACCACGCAUUCCGUCAAGUUUAUCAGAAACUUGGGGAUGGUCUGAUUCACCAGCAGCUAUUCAGGAAGCCUCCAUGGUUGCUGAUAUGCUACAGUGUAAGCCCUUAGUGGGCUGUAACGCCACAAAGGAAGCUGUAAUGACUGAAUUACCUGUAGCAGAAUGCGUUCAUUUCGCAGCCAAUUUAAGCUGGAAACUGGGAGCUGUUGUACUGAGUCCUGGUGAUGUAGUAGAUUCACAAAAGAUGAUAUAUCCAAACUCUAAUGAAAGAGGUGAUACGGAAGAUGACGCCAAUGAUAUUUCAAAUGAUAUUGAAGUUCCACCUCUACCAGAAUUUACACUUACCUCUGCUGAUGUUUUGACAAUGAAAUUGAAUGCUAAACUUGUAGUUCUCAGUUCUUAUCAUUCUAUUGAGCCAAUAAAUGGAAAUGGUGUUGCCAAUUUAGCAGGAAGCUGGUUAUGUGCCGGAGCUGGAGCAGUUUUAAUAUCGCUUUGGCCAGUGCCAGAAACUGCUGCAAAGAUUUUGCUCAGAGCUUUUUAUUCAGCUCUUUUACAAGGAACAAGAGCUGCAAGGGCUUUAGCAGAGGCAAUGCAAACAGUUCAACAUACAAAACACUUUGCCCACCCAGCCAACUGGGCAGGUUUCCUUUUAAUUGGCGCCAAUAUACGUCUAUCCAAUAAAGUUGCUCUUAUGGGGCAAGCACUGUGUGAAUUAAUGAAAAACCCAGAAAAAUGUAGAGACGCUUUGAGAGUUUGUUUGCAUCUUGUUGAAAAAAGUCUACAAAGAAUUAAUAGGGGUCAAAGAAAUGCAAUGUACACUACACAGAAAAGUAUCGAAAAUAAAGCUGGUUGUGUAAACGGAUGGAAAGAUCUUUUAAUGGCAGUGGGCUUUAGAUUUGAACCAGCAGCAAAUGGUAUACCAUCUAGCGUAUUUUUCCCACAGUCAGACCCGGAAGAUCGUCUUUCUCAAUGUUCGGCCAGUUUGCAAGCGCUAUUAGCCCUGUCGCCAACAACUUUGUAUGCUUUAUCAAAGCUAGUAGAUAGUUCUGAAAUAGCAGAUGAUAUAAUCGCUGUUAUAAGAAAUGUUUUAAGCAUGUUCCCCCCAAAAGGAAGUCCGGAAAAAGAAGUAAAUUUGGAAGUACCUCUAAGUGUACAUUUAUGGAGAACAUCUGGUUGCCAUGAAUUACUGGCUUCUUUAGGAUUCGAUUUAAUGGAAGUAGGUCAAUCUCAAGUAACUUUAAGGACUGGGAAGCAAGCAAGUCGAAGAAAUUGUCAGUUUGUUUUACAGGCUUUAUUAGCCUUAUUUGAUACACAAGAAGCUCCGAAAAGCUUAGGCCUCGACUCGUGCAGUAGCUCAGAAUCUUUAAAUGAUGAAAGUCGUUCGGAAGUAGCUCAAAGCAGUACAAGCCAAAUGACAAUGUCAUCACAACAGCAGAGGAGCAUUUCACCAGCUGGAACUGUUAAAUCUAUGAAUUCUCAGACUAUUUUUCCGCCAACGAUUCCUAAUAACAGACCACAAAUUUUGAGCGGAACAGGUGCAUUUACUUCAUACGUUCGCAGAAGAGGAGAACCUGAUGGGGGCCAAAAUGAUAAUGAUGCUCUACAAAAUCAAACAACAAAAAUAUCAAAUCCAACUGUUACAAAUGUUUAUCCCACAUUGGAUACAAAUCAACUUACUACAGACAGUGAACUUUCAGACGGAUACACACCCUACACACUAAAUAAAAACAAAGGACCUAGGUUGGGUUAUUCAAGUUUAAGAAAUCCAAUAAGAGUUUCUAGACCAGGUGGAGGUGGGGAGAGUGAUGCAGCUUUUACACCCAGUCCACCUGUUACUACACAAAAUCAUGCAGAUCCCAAUGUUCAAUUGGCACUUGCACAUCAAACAAGAAUACGUAAUUUAUAUCCAGGAAAUGGAUUCCUUGGUGAUAGCGUAAUUCCAGAAAUGACUGUUGCUCCAAAUAUGUCACGGCGUCCUGAUAGUAGUAGCUCAACAAGUUCUGCAACAGAUUGGGAAGGUUCUGGUCAUGCGACAGUUCUACGUAGAUCAAAUCCAAACCAAACAUAUAGGCAACCGUUAGUAGAUAGUUUACGUAAUUUGAGUACUUUAAAUUCAGCUUUCCAUGCUGUUAAAAAUCAUUUACAAUCAUCUGGCAACAAAAACAUCUUACCAACUUUAGAAUCAACAAGUUCAGAAUCAGAAUUUGAACGUGGCCUAGAAUUAGAUACUAUAAAUUCUGGAAAUAUAUUUGGAUUACGUGGUAAAUCUAAAAUUAAAAUGGGUCAACAUAUUAGUAUGACUAAUCGACCUAAUCAAAAAUUCAAUUUUAUGGAACGUUUAAAUUCAAGGAAUAUUGUAGAAGCUGCUAAUUCUAAUUCAAAUGAUAAAAAUACAGCAUUAAAUGAAUGUGAAACAUCAUUAAUAUUUAAUACAACGAAUCUAUGUAUAUCAAAUUCAGAAGAUGAUUUAGAAGAAGAAACUCAAAUAAGAAAUACAGAUUCUAAUGGUAAUGCACAAAAGAAACAUUCAAUUCCAGUUACAUCAACACCAUCAAGUAAAGAUAAUAAACCGAAUAUUAAAAUUCAAGAUUCAAUUAUGCGUCAUAUGAAUAGAGAAAUGACACCAACGAUAAGUGAAGUUUAUCAUGAAAGAAAUAUUGGAUUAGGUUUAGCACCAUCAUUAUCAAAAUUAUUAUUAACUAAAAAUUAUGAUGAGACUGAAUUAAAAAUAGUUAGUGGAUCAAAUGAAAAUUCUACAGAAAUAUUGAAUAAUGUAACAACAACAACAAAUACAAAUAUUUCAACGGUAGAACCAUGUUCAAUAUGUGGUGAACCAGGUGAUAUAAUAUGCCGUUGUAAAGCAGCAACUGUACAAAAGAAAUCAUCAUCUAAACCAUGGUUAACAAAUAUACCAUCAAGAAUAGUUAAAGGAAGUGAUUUAGCAACAUCUGAAAUUGUUGUUGAAAGACAAAAUAAAUGUAAAAAUAAAAGUAAUCCAAAAGAUAUUAUAGUUAAACGAUCUACAAGUCCAUAUAGUGAUUUAAGUAAAAGAGAUGAAGGUGAUGGCCGUUCUGUUGCUGAUUCACAAUGUAGUAGCACAUAUAAAACUGAUGUAAAUGUAAAUAAUGUUAGUGUAACUUUAACAAAAUUUUCAACUCCAGCAACAUAAGAAACUAUAUAUGAAUAAUGGAAUAUGUUAGAUAAAAUACAGAAGAACAAUGAAAAUGCAAUAAAUUUAUUAUAAAAAAAAGAACAAAAAUUAAAUAUUAAAAUUUUUUUUUUUAAUUUCUAUUAAUUUUAGAUAGAAUUUUAUUUAAAUUAUUAUUAUUAUUAUAUAUAAUAUUAUAAUAUUUGCCACUUU